UAUUUUGUAUUACAUACAUUUUCGUGUGUGAAGGCUGAAACUUAACGAAAGCAGAGAAUUAGUUUUAACGGAAUCGUUGGACAAAAUAAUUAAGUGCGAGUGUUUUAUUUAUAACAAAUACUUAUUAAUAUAUAUAUUAUUUAUGACAUUUAUUCCACAGUAGUAAUAAUAUAAUAUUAAUUACAAGGUAUAAUAUCAGCAUAGAUAUAUAUAACAGUAAUUUGUAUGUAAUAUUAAGAAAAGUAAUUUGGAAGUGUCAAUAAAACCAGCAGACACCAGAACAGGAAAAAAAUAAAUCCACAAAAUAUUCACACGCGGUAUAUCUAUAUAUUUAUAUUCACAUAGACUUUCAAGAAAAUGACCAAGCCGGAGCAAGUUUUGACUAUCGAACCCCAGGGUGAACUUCGAUUCCGUGGCCCAUUUACAGGUUCACCAGUCACUUCAUACAUAAAAUUAAUAAACCCAACAAAUCAAAAAGUAUAUUUUAAAAUAAAGACUACGGCUCCAAAGAGAUACUGCGUAAGACCCAACAGUGGUAUACUUAAAGCUAAAGAAGUUACUGAAAUAGCAGUUUGUUUACAACCGUACGAGUUUGAUCCAACUGAAAAAAAUAAACACAAGUUUAUGGUACAAACAGUUAUAGCACAAGAGGGUGAUAAUGACGACUGUGCCCACGAUGUGUGGAAAGACAUCAAUGAAGAUUUGGUAAUGGAGUAUAAAUUAAAAUGCGUAUUUGAGAAUCCAGUUAGCAGCAACACAUCAGGAAAAGUUACCGCAGCUCCAGCUCAGUCGAAAACUGAGUCCAGUACAGUUAAUGGAAAAAAUAAAGCCACUGGUGACGGAGCUAAACUGACUGAUAAACAACUGAUUGAGUAUGAAGAAAAAUUAAUGAAAGCUGCUGCAGAAGUUAAUCAUUUGAGGGUAGAAGAAAGUAAUUUGAGGCAGGAAUGUCUUCAGCUCAAGGAAGAACUAUUGAGAUACCGAAAUAUGGAAAAAGGUGGAAAUAUAACGUCAGGACGAAUGACAUCUGGUUCACUAGAACGUAGCAAUCCACAAUUGAAUAUGACACCUACCCUUGCAAUUGCAGCGGUUGUUAUAAUGAUAGUCGGUUAUUUUCUUGGGAAAUUAAUCUGAGCAGUUGUUUUGCCCAACGUGUAUACAUCAGCGCACCUCUUAUCCCAAAUAUAUUUUACUGAGCCUUCUCUCCUUUCUUUGUCUUAACUGUCACUCAAUGCCAUUAUCAAUCGCAAUAAUUAUUUUUAGUUUAUUCUUAUAAAAAAAAAAAAAAAAAACAUAUUUUUAUUAUUACUUAUACAAUCCAUAGAGCAACAAAAAUUAUAAAUUUUAGUUGUUUCUAUUCGAGUUUAAAUUAAAAUUUAUUUUUUAAUACCAGACUUUUUUUUUCUUUUUUUUUCAAUUCAUUUAAUUAUUUAUUUUUAUUUUCAUUAACAAACGGUAGGAAGAGAAGGAAUCUUAUUGGAGUUUGAUUUUUUUUUGUAUUCACUGUAGAAAUAAAUAAAAAAAAACGUCGCUUAGGAUCAAAGUUUUAAAAUAUAUAAAUAAAAAUAUAUUUAAAGUGAGAGGAAAUGAAAAAAAUAAAAUUGAUAACUUGCGCUUCUCAUAAAUUUAAAAAUUAUUAUUAAAAUAUAUAAUAAAGUGAAGAAAAAAAAAUAAUAAUAAUAAAAGUACAUGUCGGCAAUUUGAUAAGUUAAAUAUGUUGAUAUGAUUAUUGUUGAUAUUUCGACUUGAUCUAUACUAUUAUUAUUAAUUAGUUAAUUAAUAUUCGUGUCCGAAAGAUUAACGCAUGUUUAUAAUACGUGUUGAUAUUUAAAGGAUCUGAUAACUGAGGCCCAACUUAAUAAUUAUUAUUAUUUUUUUUUUAUUGAUUAAUUAAACAGUGUAUAUAAAAUAAUUAUGUUUGAUCAGCUGAACAACAGAAGACAGUUAAUUUAAAUAAUAAUGAUAAUAAUUUUUUGACAGAACUAAAGGUGGAAAUUGUCAGUAUAAUUAAUAAAAAAUAGCUUUGGUUAAUUUAGUAAUAAAAUAAAUAAAUGUUAAAAUUUAAAUCCGAUAGACACUUGAUUGAUUUUUUUAAUGCCGAAUUAUUGGUUACUAUUUAAUUUACUAAACAAAAAAAAAAUUACACAGUAAAUUAUUAUUUGAUGCUCUAAAUUAACAAGAUAUGUAAUUAUUAUUAUUUAUUUUUUGUUUAUCUAAUAAAUCACUAAGAGUAUUUGGAAUGAUAUAAGAUAUAUAUGUACAUCUAGUUACGUUUAUAAAUUAAUUGCUUUGCAUGUUUGAAUUUAUUAAUUAAUUUUUUUAUAUUUAUUAGAUUUAAUUGUGUAAUUUUUAUUUUAAUUAAUGAUCCUAAAGUUAGCAGACAAUUAACAAUUUUUGUAUUUUUUUUUUUUACGAAUCAAUGACAAAAAAAAUGUAAAUGUAGCAGACAUGAGAUUAAUUUUAAUUAACAAAUAAAUUAAUUAAUCAAUUGAAAAUUUAAAAAUAAAAAAAAUGCACAUACUGAUUUUUAAAUUUUAUAAAUGUGUAUUUUUUUAAUUUUUAAAAUUUUGAAAAUUUAGUCGUCAGCUACGUUCACAAAAAAAAAGAAACUAAAAAAAUGCAUACGUAGAAACUCAAAAAAACCAUGGGUGCAAUUUUUUCAAAUAAUUUUUUUUUAAAAUCUAUUGGUUUGAAAAAAAUCCAAAAAUUAUUAGUCGGCUAACUUCAGUAUCAUUUUAAUUAAUUAGUUGUUAUUGUUAAUAAUUUAUUAUAAUUUUUAUUUAUAUCCAAUUAAUUUUAAUAAAUUAUUAACAAAAUUAUCUGGACAUUUAUAUUAUGGCGGUAGUUUUUUGUUUUUUUAAUUUUUUUAUUACUAACAUUGGGAUGAGUUUAUUUAAAAUUAUUUGCUGAUCCGCUUGUUUCUUCCAACUAGUCUUAAUAGCUAAUUAAUUAAUAAAUAAAUAACUUAGUAUGGGUUUUAUUAUUUUAAAAAAGAAUAUUAUUUAGCUUACAAAGUAAAAAUUCAUUGUACACUAGAAAAAUAAUUAAUGUCAAGCACGUCAUUACUAACUCAUGAUUAAUUCAAAAGUCAAGUUUUUAUACCUUACAGUCUCAAUAAUAAUGAUAAUUAUAAUUCAUAAAUAUAUAAAAUAAGACUAGACGUUUUGAAAUAAUUAUAAAUAAGUCUGUUAUUUAAAUUUAUUUGGUAAUGUCAAGUAAAAUCACUUGAUACUGAAGUCAGUCGACGUUUAAUAAUUUUUUAUUUUUUUCAAAACAAUAAAUUAUUAAAAAAAAAAAUUGCUCCUGCAGUUUUUUAAAUUUUCUACAUGUGAUAAUUUUUUGGAAUCGAUUUGUUGAAAAAAAAUCAAUGACAAAAAAAAACUAAAAAUAUGCACAUGUAGAAAAUUCAAAAAACUACAGGUGCAAAUUUUCCAAAUAUUUUUUUUAGAAUUUAUCGUUUUGAAAAAAAUUCAAAAAUUAUUAGACGUCGGCUAACUUUAGUUUCAUAUCACAAUCACUUACACAUAUGAAAUAAACUUUAAUUAAAAUCACUCACUAGCUUUCAUUCGUGAUAAAAAAAAUAUAUCGGGCGUGUUUUUAGCUAAUCAAGUAUACAAAAAAAUGAUAAAUAUUAAAAAGCAUCGAUUGACUUUUUAUUAUAAAUGUGUAAAUAAGUCAAGUAAAUAUUUGUGGAAUUAUUAUUAAAAAAAAAAAAUAAUGACAGUAAAUAAAUAAAUAAAACAGUAAUAGUUUAUUGUUAGAUAUAUAUGUGUAUUGAAGAUUCAACAACGAGAUACAGUGAACAAUAUAUUAUUGUACGACAUUGGAAGCAAGAACAAAUUGCACUAUAAUUUAGCGAACUGUAUGCACACUGGAAAUUGACAAGAAAAUAAUAACGAUAAUAAUAAUAAAUAAAAAU